UGGUAGGGUUCAGACGCUGGACACAACCCGCUGCCACACCAAGUCGACGAGCAUGGGCAAGGUCUGGAGCGGCUUCCUCCGGGACCUGCGCUUCCUCCGCGUGCUCAUCGACGUGGCCUCGCACGGCAACGCGAUCGCCAAGAAGAACCGCCCGGGCGGUUGGACGUUUAUCGACUUUUGGGCUACCGCCGUCGACCAGCGGCUCGACAUGCCGCUCGUCGAGGUCGAGCUGCCAUCGCCAUCGCCGACGCUGCCAGAAGAAGUGCGGCCGACUAAAGUCUACUCGUACCGCGAGUUUGAUGCAGUGACGAACCAAAUCGCCCGCGCAAGCCACGACGUCGGGUUGCAGCAGCAAGCCACGGCCGCGCUCCUACUUCCGAACGGCGUGCUCUUUCCCUUGCUCAUCAUUGCGAUGGCCAAGAUAGGCGUGACCUCGGCGCUCCUCAACCCGUCGAUCCAGGGCGACCACCUCGUGCACGCGCUGGACGUGUGCCACGCCACGCACGUCGUCUGCACAGCGGCCACCGCGCACAUUUACCUCGCGCUACCGCACGACGUGCGUGCCAGCAUCCCAUGUUUGUGCUUGGACGACAAGACGCCGUCACAUGAUGACGCGCCGGUGCUGGCGUACGCAGAUGCGUCGUCGUCGCCGCUCGAGGAGAGCUACCGUGACCGCGUCCAGCUCACCGACACGCUCGUGCACAUCUUCACCAGUGGUACGACGGGCUUGCCCAAAGCCGCUAAAAUGAAUCACUUGCGCUGGUACGGCGCCGGGUACCUCUACAUGCGCUACUGCUCCGUGACGGCGACCGACCGCAUCUACACGGCGCUGCCACUCUACCAUGGUUCGGCGCUGUUGGCCUUUUGCCUCGCGCUGCAUACUGGGGCGGUCCAGCUCAUCAAGCCCAAGUUUUCGGCGUCCCAGUUUUGGCCCGACUGCGUGCACUGGAAGGCGACGGUCAUUCAGUACAUUGGCGAGACCUGCCGGUUUCUCUGCCAGACGCCACCGCAGGCAGCCGACGUGGCUCAUACUGUGCGCCUCGCGAUCGGCAACGGGCUGCGCAAGGACGUCUGGGUCGCCUUCCAAGAGCGGUUCCACGUACCCAAGAUCAUCGAGUUUUACACAGCGACCGAGAGCAACGGCGGUUUGAUCAACACAGAAGGUCGCGUCGGCGCCGUUGGCUGCCUCUCGCCGCUCGUCAAGCGCCUCUACCCGCUCAAGAUUGUUCGCUACGACCCAAAGACGCAGUCGGUCCUGCGAAAUGCGCGCGGUCGCUGUAUCCCCGUCGGCCACCACGAACCCGGUGAGCUCCUUGCGCUCAUUGACAACUCGCACGUGCUCCGGCGCUUCGAUGGCUACUCGGACGCUGCCGCCACCGAGGCCAAGAUUCUGCGCAACGUCUUCAAGCCAGGCGACGCGUACUUUCGGUCGGGCGAUUUGCUCGAGGUCGACGAGGACGGCUUUGUCUACUUUGUCGAGCGCAUCGGCGACACGUUUCGCUGGAAGGGCGAGAACGUGAGCUCGACCGAGGUCGCAGUCGCGAUAAAUGCGGUCGCUUCGGUGCGCGAAGCUGUCGUCUACGGCGUCAACGUGCCCCAAGUGGACGGCAAGGCCGGCAUGGCGCUCAUCCGGAUCGCCCCCGAGGACGACGCAGAGACGUGCGUGACCACGUUGUACGCGCAGCUCGAGGUGAUGAAGGUGGCCCCGUUCAAGUGGCCGCGCUUUGUCCGCGUCACGACCCGUCCGCUGCCGACAACGACGACGCACAAGUACCAGACGUACGAGCUCGCGAUCGACGGCUUCAACCCCCAAAAGGCGACCGACGCCGUGUUUGUUUUGGAGCGAACGCAGAGUGUCACGCGCGUCACCGAUGCGGUGUACGCCAAACUCUGCGCUGGCGACUAUAAGCUCUAGGAGCAUCCAACACCCUUGCGAUUCGUAUAUUUUGACUAGCAAUCAUGUACGUAGUAGUCGAAGAAUGAAGGGCUGGGCUAAAAUUACUCAAUUAUAAGCUGCAAAUUUCUGUGGUUGUCCGAAUUCUAGAGACAACCAC